AUGCAGUUGAUUGUCCGGUCGUUGGAUACGCGUGUCGUAGACACUAAUGUUUGCCAGUCGGCAGCAGAUCUUAAAGUGCUUCUGUCCUCCGAAGACAAGCUUCCGCUCGAAGAUAUUCAGCUCUACCACGGGAAUACUAUUUUGGACAAUGCUCAACGUCUGAGCGAACUCCUGGGCGAUGCAGCUGUAGACGUUAUUGUCCCUACCCUCGGAGGUUAGUUUCUUAUGCCAUUUUAGUUUCCUGCUUAAGGCAAGGUCCACGGGUCUCUCUCCCGUGCCGGCAAAGUGCGAGGACAGACUCCAAAGGUAGAGAAGCAAGAUAAGAAAAAGAAGCCCCGUGGUCGCGCCAAACGACGUAUGCAAUUUAACCGCCGCUUUGCAAUCGUCGCCAUCCCUGGAGCCCGCCGGCGUGGUCCUAAUUCAAAUGUUAAGGCUUAA